AUGACAGAAGUUAAGACGCAGCUACACGACUGGCUGCGAACAACGAUGCGAAUUGCAUACCUCAUGAGUGUCUGCAGCUGUCGCGCGGUAAUUUGGCUCCAGCGUUUGAAUCUUACCGCUCCCCUGCGUCGUUUGAGUGAGGCCAUGCCCACGCGCAGGGAGCUCUACGGCUUGGGGGCAGCAAGCCUCAUGGCGCUGUCUGCGCCCACCCUGCUGGAGAGGGCGUUUGUAGCACCGGGCACUGCCAGCAGCCGGCAGAGGCCGUCAUUCCGUGCCACCGCUCAAGGACACGUGGCUUCGGCUGGGUCGUCCUCAAGUACUUCGCAUGCUGCCUUGGCCGUCGGGCUUUCGGCAGCACUUGGCGCUGGCGCUGGCGCAGCGAGGGCGGCGCGACCAGCGAGGUCGCCGAAGGUGCAUCGCGCGCAGGGUGGUGAAUGGACGCCGCGGCUUUCUGGCUGGACCGCCGCUGAGCUCGCCGGCGAACGCCAACGUGCACAGGCAAUGCCGGACCCUCCGGGCUACAACGGGCCGCGCUACACUGGCCCAGGCAGCAUCACCGACGCCUUCAUUGAUGGUCUGCUGGCCAUGCAGAAGGACGGCCAGCUCCUGCCGAAGAAGGAUGCGUACUUGAUCCUGUUGGACAUCAUCGAUCUCCUCCGAUCGGAAAAGACAUUGGGCCAGGCCUCCAUUCCCGCCGGCGGUCAGCUUACAGUGAUCGGCGACCUGCACGGCCAGUACUGGGACUUUUUGAACCUGCUGAGCAUGACGGGCAAGCCCUCGGCGAGUUCGCCCUUCGUCUUCAACGGUGACUUCGUGGAUCGAGGCUCCUGGUCCAUCGAGGUGAUCCUGUCGAUCUUCGCGCUGAAGCUGAAGGAUCCGCAGUCCGUCUUCCUGAACCGGGGAAACCACGAGAUGCUGGAGACGAACAUCCUGUACGGCUUCUGUGGAGAAUGCGGCUCCAAAUAUGACAUGGAGCUCUUCAACCUCUUCUCUGAGGCCUUCCGGAAUCUUCCGCUCGCCCACUUGGUGGACGGCAAGGUCUUGAUUCUCCAUGGCGGUCUCCCCGGUCCGGACCCCCGAAUCUGGAUGCCCGGACAGACGCACGACCCCACGGAUGCGAUCCCGAUGACCGUCCUUCCCACGCUGGAGGAUAUUGGCGCAGUGGACCGCUACCUGGAGAUCACUCCCGAAUCGUACGGGCAGUCAAUCGGCCCCACAACGACGGACAAGGAGGUGAACGAUAUGAGGAAGCUGAUCGACAUCCUUUGGGGAGAUCCCCGUGGUGGGGACGGGUAUGGCCCUUCCUACAGAAAAGGCAAGGGUGUCUACAUGUUUGGUCCCGAUGUAACUUCCAACUUCUGCGAGAAGAACAACCUUCAGUGCAUCAUCCGGUCACACGAGGUGAAGGCCGAUGGAUACAGGUGGGAUCACAAGCAGCUGCUGAGCGUCUUCAGUGCACCGAACUACUUGGACACUGGCAAUAACAAGGGAGCUUUCCUGAAGCUGACCAAGUCCGCAGAUGGCAGUGUCGCGAUAGAUCCUGUCAACUAUGCGGCAGUCCCCCACCCUGAUGUGCCGCCCAUGAAAUGGCAGGAUCACAUCACGCAGAAUUAUUCUCAUCUCACCCGGCUGAUGAAGAAGAAGGUUUCAGCCACUACCUUCGACGAGUUCGGUGACAGCGACUUCGAGGGAUUGAUGAACUUCGACGAGUGGGAACCUGACGAGGCCGAGCAGUUCCAAGAGGCCUUCAAGGACUUCGCAGUUGGAGACUCCGCCGGCUCGAAGCGCUAUUUUCACGGGAAUGCUUCUGGUCAAGUGGACUCGAGCAAGCCUCCACUGUCCUCAGCCUCAAACAUGGGGUGGAACUGGUUCCUCCUGCCGCUGGCAGCGGCUCAACUGGAGCCCUUUGCGUUGCCACCCAGCUUUGAAGGUACCUGGCAGGGCGUACCCUACGCAAGCGUUGUGGGACCUUGGUCGGAAAACUUCACGUUCGCGAUCACGAAACUGCCGCAGGGGGACUACCUGUUUCAGGCGAAUCUACCUUUCGAUGCCUCUCCGAAAUUCAGGAAGUACUGGAGCUGGCAGAGAUCCUACCUGAGAGUCUCUGGCGACGAUCGCGGACGCCUGCUACAUUGCCCUGGACCCCGAGACCCGACUCGAUUGCGUGUGGCUAUGAUGCAGGCGCACACCGUGAGCGAACGGGAGGUGACCUUCUGUUUGAGGAAGUGGCCCGGCUACGUAGACUCCGAGCAUCCCUUCCCUUUCGAAACCCUUGGCUGCUAUACGGCCGGCACGGAGGAGGGCUGCGGCUGCUUUAAUUGGACCCUGCGUGCGGAGGAGUCCGGUCGGAGACUGCAGUAUCAGGUCUCAAUGGCGGGAUCGCCGUUCCACCAGCGCUCAAAGCAUGUGUGGGCAACCCUGGAAAGAAUCCCCUACAUCGCGCCGGUCGACCUUGAAUUCCCGGGAUCCGGCAGCCAGUUCGAUUGUGAUUACACGCACCGGGACGAGCAUCAGACUCCGUUGGCCAGUUGCCCUUUUGCUUUGCAUUACCGGUCACCCCCGGAAGUCAGCACAGUGGCGGCAGGCUCUUUCCAGCAUUGCUACAACUUGGAUGCCAAAGUCGGCCUAGUUUUGGAGUGGGAUUUACAUGAGACGACAUCGUCCUUGCAUGUCCAGAUCUCUGCAAGGGCAGAUACUGCAGACUACGUGUCAGUCGGAUUCCGGCCACUAGGUGGCUCCUCCAGUGAGUCAGCAAGGAGUGCAGGCACGGGUCGAGAAGAGCGCUUCGGGAUGGCUGGCGCAGACAUUGUUCUGGGACACACAGGAGGGGUGGAGCAGUAUUAUGCCAGCGCUUACUCAGGAGCCCCGGAUCCAGAUGACUCGCUGCAGAUUUGGGAUGCCUCUGUCGAGAAGCGGGGAGGGCGCCUCUUCUUGCGCUUCCGGCGGCCUUUGGUGGGCGGCUGGCUUCACUCCCAUGGUGUGAAUGCCUCCAUCCUCUCCAACCUGUCAGAUAUGAUGUGGGCUGUAGGGAGGUGGAGCCAAGCCGACCGGGCACCUGCCUACCAUGGAUUCCUGCGUGGCUGGAGGGAGGUGGAUUGGGCAGAUCCCGAGUUGGACUCCCGUCCGCUUCUCUCCUUAUUUCAACCGCUGGGCUUACCUGGAGGAAAAAUCUUCGCUGCUCUGGCCAUGGACCAGUGUUUCAAGCUCCAUGAGAUGCGAUUCCACACCAUAACGUGUCAGAUGACCAAGCUCGCCGGUGCGCAGGGUGGACAGAACGCCAAGGAUGCGCCAGAGCUUCCGAAGCCAGAGAUGCACAUCACCGACAUGAGUAAAGCAGAGGUGGACUUUGCCAUAGAGGUGGCGAAGAAGGGCGUGAUCUCGCUGUUUAAGAACGAGAGACGAUCCUUCUGCGAGGUUGCUCAGUUCAUCAAGAAAGAGUUCGACAAGCUCUUCCGACAUGAUUACUUGGCCUUCCAGGGUGCGUGGCACGUCUUCGUCGGCAAGCACUUUGGAGCCUGGGUCACCUACGAGGCGCACAAGCUCGUCUACUUCCACAUCGGGCAGGCAGGCUUUCUCAUCUACAAGCAUGGCUGA